GCCAGACUCAAGGUGUUGAGCCUUCCAGUAACAUGGGUGUUCUGGUCUCCGAAUGGAGGCGUGGGUUCAAAUCCCACUUCUGACAUAACUUUUAUAGUCAACCCCGACUUCUUCAAAAUCAAUUUAUAGUACUCCCCUGAAUAGUUUAAAUGUGUGUGUAUCCAAAAUGAAACGUUUUAACAAUAAAUAAAUGUAUAUGCAGAAUGUUGGCCGCCAAUACCAAAGCUCUUUAGGCCACCGAAUGACAAUUUGUUCCACUGUUCAACAAGCUGAUGACGGCCAGGAUUCCCCGCACCGAUAAAGCUCAUAGAAAGACCCACAAUCUGUCAUUUAUUUAUUAUCUUUUCAAUGUGAAAUGUACAAAAUAAAAAGGAAUCAGUCGAUGCAUAUUGUGAUCCUGCCUUUGUGGAUAAGAAGUGUUACCUUUCGGCCAGCAGGUGUCGCCUCGUGCCUAGCGUUAAGCAGCUUCAGUGGGCAGCAGUAAUCGCGCGUGCGCAUAGUUCUUUCACCGAAUAGCAGGACUGUGGAGGAGGAAACUCGCGCACUGUUUGGGUCGUCUCCUUAUCACGCUACGGGCAACGGGCAUAGGUGCAGUCGGUUAUUUGAAGAUUUCGAAGAUGACGACGCUGGCACCGGAGCCGCGUCCCCACCCGCAGCUCGCCUCUGCGGCAGGAGGCGCGAGCCUCAGCGGGGUGGGCUCCGGGACGAGCGUGCCCCUGAACCGGGGCUUGGAGCGAGCUCUUGAGGAGGCGGCGGGCUCCGGCCGUCUCAACCUCAGCAACAGACGGCUGAAGGAGUUUCCGAAGAGCGCAGCCAACUACGACCUUACGGACACCGUAGAGGCAGAUCUCUCCAGGAAUCGUUUGACAGAUCUCCCAUUGGAAGUGUGCCAUCUGGUUGCCGUGGAGACACUAAAUGUCUAUCACAACUGCAUCAAAAGUGUUCCUGACACACUCAUCACACUACACACACUCACCAACCUCAACCUCAGUCGUAACCAGCUGUGUGUGUUGCCAGCGUGUGUGUGUGGGCUUCCUCUGCGCGUUCUCAACGUCUCCAACAACAAACUCAACACACUCCCUGACAGCAUCAGCCAACUGCACACACUCAUGGAGCUGGAUGUGAGUUGUAAUGAGAUUACUGCUCUUCCACGGCAUAUUGGGCGUCUGCGAGCUCUCAGAGAGUUAAACGUCAGGAGAAACCUGCUCUGCGUCCUACCUGACGAUCUGGCCUGCCUGCCGCUGGUGAUCUUUGAUUUCUCCUGUAAUAAAGUGUCGACCAUCCCCACCUGCUACCGUAAGAUGAGCAACCUACAGACACUGCAGCUGGAGAACAACCCACUACAGAGCCCCCCUGCACAGGUGUGUAUGCGGGGGAUGGUGCACAUCUUUAAGUACCUGGCCAUGGAGGCGUGUCGAGGGGAGAAGCUGGACGCCCUGUACCUGCCAAUCAGUGACAAGCUCCGCCCCUCAAGACCUGGGACGGGCAGUGUUGAGGAUAUGGGACGGAAGCAUGACAGUGAUUCAGGACUCGGCAGCGACAACGGAGACAAACGCCUCUCAGCCACAGAGCCCUCAGAUGAGGACAGUCUGUCAAUGCCGAUGAGCCACAUCAGAGAGGAGGAGGGGCUUAUCAGAGACGACUCUACUGAUCAAAUAAGCAACCUGACAGACCCUGCGUGUGUGUUGGACAGGAGUCCGUCAGAUUCUCUGCAGCUUAACUACCAAGACUCAGACCUCACCUCUCCUUUCAUCAGCUACAUCAAGAGUCGAGCAGCUGAUUUUGACGAGCCUCUGAGGAUAGAGGAGGACAGUAAUUGGGCCACAGAAACGACGGCAGAGGUGCAGUUAAUCCAGCAGCUGAAAGAGGCCGUGGAACUCCUGCAGGAUCCCAACAGGGUGAACAUGGGCUCAGGAGUGCGUGUGUAUCCAGUGGAGCUGGUGUUAGUGGAGGAAUCACUAAAUGGACAAGGAAGUGAAGAUGGGGCACUGACACCCAAGACUGGACAGGAGAGACUGAGGGAGAAGUCGUGUGGUCAAAGUUUAAGGGCUGAGGAAAACACCACAGCUACAUUUAGUUCCCCGCCCUUUGGCCUAAAGCCUCGUUCAGCCCCCUCUUCUGUGUGCUGCUCCCCGCCCCCUCAGAACCUGUCCAUCUUACAGGCCACACCCCCUCAUGCAACCGCAGGAUCAGAGACGGAUGUGUUUCUCAGGUCUCACACGCCAUCAGAGUCUGUGGAUCCCCAGUUCACCAUGAGGAGAAAGAUGGAGCAGCUGAGAGAAGAGAUGGACCUGAUAGAACAACUCAGAGAGAACAUUGAGAGCAGACUGAAAGUGACUCUUCCAGAGGAUCUUGGCUCCGCCCUGAUGGACGGGGUGGUGCUGUGUCAUCUGGCCAAUCACAUGAAGCCGCGCUCCAUCGCCAGCAUCCACGUACCCUCCCCCGCAGUGCCCAAGCUUAGUAUGGCAAAAUGUCGCAGAAAUGUGGAGAACUUUCUGGAUGCCUGCCGGAAGAUGGGCGUGGCUGAGAUGAAGUUGUGUCUUCCUCAUCACGUUUUGGAAGAGCAGGGUGUGUUAAAGGUGUGUGUGACGGUGCAGGCACUCGUAGAGACUGCAGAAACACACACACUCUAACACACACUCGCACACACUAACACACACACUCAAAACACACGCACACAAAACACAUACCCACUCUAACACACAACAAAAUAUGUACACACACUCACAAGGCAUAAUCACCCAUGCAGAUAUGUAUCAUACACACACACGCACACGCACACACACGCACGCACACACACGCACACACACACACACACACACGCA